AUUCCGAAGGCAAAUAAGUUGUCAUUUGACAAAUUCCUACGGUGGUCUGUCUCUUUAUAUAUUCGUGUUGCUCCACGAACAUUAACCCACACGAAAAACAUCAUUUGACACUUACAGCUGAAUUCCUGUUUUGAAGUAGUGGGCAAAGAUUUAGUGGGUGUUCUGUGUGUUGAGGGGAAAAGGUGAGGAGGCUAGUGUGUGUUUUUUGGGUGAGUUGAGAAGGUGAAACUCUUUCUUGGUGAGUGUUGGAAGAUUCAGAAGGUGGUAUUUUUUGAUGCAUUGUUGCGGAGAAAAGGUUGAGAUCUUUUCUGGCGAGAAUCCCACAAGAAGCUGACAUCUUUUUCUCUUUGGUAACUAUUUGAAGAGCUUUCAUGAAUUUCGAUUUUGAGCUACAGAUCCAUCUCUCUGUAAGGUUAAAAGGUGUUAUUUCAAUUGAAUUCUGAAGCAAUUUGAAGCUAAAGAAGGGAGAGGUAAGACGAUGAAGAAAUCAUCGUCCGAACAGUUUAUUCUGGAAAGUGAUGAAGAGGAUGAGGAGAAAGGUGAAGGUGGGAACGAAUCUGAGUUCUCCAUUUACUCUGAUGAUAACGAUGAACAUCAUCAGAGCAAGAUCGGUUCUUUGGACCCUGCCUGGCCUCAAAGUUACAGGCAAUCCAUUGAUCUGUACGGUAGUGUCCCGUCACCAAGUAUUAACUUUCUGGGGCCAUCAUCGUUAUCACUAAUAGGCAGCUCAUUCCUUUCAUCAUCUCUUAUAAGGAGACACACUCCAGAGAAAUUACCUUCUCUGACAAAGCCUCUUAUACCAUCCGUAGAGGACGAGACAUUCAAAGAAAGACCAAGUUCCCCACGUCUGCCGAUGCCUCCACUGUCAAGGAAACCUAGUUCGAGGAGAGUGAUCCAUGAUAAGAAAGCAUCAGUUGCACAUGAACUUCCAGUUUCUCACCAGAGCUCAUACGGACAGGCAGUGCUAAAUGGCGUGAAUGUACUUUGUGGAGUUGGAAUCCUAUCUACUCCAUAUGCUGUCAAAGAAGGGGGCUGGGUUGGGCUUUCUAUAUUAUUGAUUUUUGCUGCACUUUCUUUUUACACUGGAAUUCUCUUGCGAUACUGCUUGGACAGUCAACCUGGUCUCGAAACAUACCCGGACAUUGGCCAGGCUGCCUUUGGUACGGCAGGACGUGUUUUUAUAUCUAUUAUUCUAUAUGUGGAGUUAUAUGCUUGUUGCGUCGAGUAUAUCAUUUUGGAGACUGACAACUUGUCAUCUUUAUUUCCAAAUGCGCAUAUAAACAUAGGAGAGUUUGACUUGAACUCUCACCAUCUUUUUGCACUGAUGACCACCUUGGUUAUUCUUCCUACUGUUUGGUUAAGGGACCUCAGUGUUCUUAGCUACCUUUCUGCUGGAGGAGUUGUCGCAUCAAUCUUGGUAGUUGCUUGUUUGUUCUGGACUGGCUUGGUGGAUCAUGUCGGUGUUCAUACUAAAGGGACAGCUCUAAACCUUUCUACUCUUCCUGUUGCUAUUGGUCUCUACGGUUUUUGCUACUCAGGCCAUGCCGUCUUUCCCAAUAUAUAUUCAUCAAUGAAAAUGCCAAGCCAGUACCCUUCUGUCCUUCUAACGAGCUUUGGUAUUUGCACUGUGCUGUAUGCUGGAGCGGCUGCUCUGGGAUACACGAUGUUUGGAGAAACAACUCAAUCACAGUUCACUCUCAACUUGCCGAAAGACUUAGUUGCAUCAAAAAUUGCGGUUUGGACUACGGUAGUCAAUCCAUUUACGAAGUAUGCGUUAACGAUGUCCCCUGUGGCAAUGAGUUUGGAGGAGUUAAUACCAUCAAGACAUGCCAAAUCCUUCAUAUAUUCAAUCCUCAUAAGGACGGCAUUGGUGAUAUCCACGUUGCUUGUUGGCCUUACCAUCCCCUUCUUUGGUCUUGUGAUGGCAUUGAUAGGUUCUUUACUCACAAUGCUAGUCACAUUGAUUCUUCCAUGUGCUUGCUACUUGAGCAUCCUAAGGGGAAAAAUAAACUUAUUCCAGACAGGACUGUGUAUAUUGGUCAUCGGAGUGGGCGUUGUGUCAUCUGGACUCGGCACAUAUUCUGCUCUCUCUCAGAUAGUCAACCAAUUGAGCUGAUAUUUUUACAGAACGUCGUAUAGUAAUAGAUGCAACGAGUAGAUGUCCUUGUGCGGUUUCUUCUUGUUUCUUCUCCAUUCUUAUCAGUGGUUGAGAGUGCUUUUAAGGGAAAAAUUUCAACGAUCAA